AUGUUUUCCUCGUGUGCAACGCGCUCGGCUCCGCAGCUGGGCAGAGGUGCGACAUUCUUGCGGUGCCUCUCUGCCGAGAAGAUGACGGACCCCGCGCCGCCCGACUCCACCGGCGUCCCGCACCCGGCUGUGGUUGUGGAGCCCGCGGCGGAGAACGGCCAGUGCGAGCAGGCGGACUCCCAGGAGCAGGAGCAGCAGCAGGAGCAGCAGGAGCAGCAGGAGCAGCGGAGCGGCACAGAAAGUCCGGGAAAGGGUCUGAAGAUGGACCAGGAGAUGAAGAUCACAGAGAGCAUAGAUGACAAAGGUCUUCUGGAGAGCAGUGUGCGUCUGAAGCCUCACGAGGCACAGAGCUACCGUAAGAAAGCCCUGUGGGUGUCCUGGGUCUCCAUCGCGGUCACCAUCGUCCUCGCCAUCGCUGCUUUCACUGUUUCCAUCAUGCGUCACAGUGCUGCAGCUUUCGGAUUCGCUUUUGACGCAGCGCUGGACGUGUUGUCCUCCGUCAUCGUGUUGUGGCGAUACAGCAAUGCAGCAGCUGUUCAUUCUGCACACAGAGAAUACAUAGCCUGUGUCAUCCUGGGUGUGAUCUUCAUCCUGUCCUCCCUGUGCAUUCUGGGUAAGGCCAUCAAUGACCUGGCCACCAAGCUGUUGCCUGAAGUGGACGGCUUCCUGUUCAGCGUGUCCAUCGUGAGCGGCGUGGUGUGCAUCAUCCUGGCCGUGGUCAAGUUCAUGAUCGGGAGGGUGCUGACCAGCCGAGCCCUCAUCACCGACGGUUUCAACUCACUGGUGGGAGGAGUCAUGGGCUUCUCCAUCCUCAUCAGCGCCGAGGUGUUCAAGCACGAGCCCCAGGUGUGGUACCUGGACGGGACCAUAGGGGUCCUCAUGGGCCUCAUCAUCCUGUCCUACGGAGUCAAGCUGCUGCUGGACAUGGUUCCACGGAUCCGACAAACCAGGAACUAUGAGCGUUUUGAGUGAUGGAGCAGAGAUAAAGAAGAAGAAGAGCAGGGGAUUGGGGUUGGGGGGGGGGGGGGGUGGGGUUGUCAAUUCCCUCCCCCCCCCCCACACGUCUCUCCACAGACUCUCAGGCCUGGAGGUGCCAGUGACCUGAGGUUCAGGCCGAUCAAACUCCUGUGGCACCUUUUUAAGUGUUUGACAAUUUGCUGUAAAUAUAAAUUCUUUGUCUUUGAACCGUGAGCAGGUCUGUUGUGUGUGCCCCCCCCCCCCCCCCCCCGAUUCACAAAGGCCACAGUAAGAUGAUAUACGAUACCUCAGUUCCACCUCAUCCAAACGCAGCGCUUUACUUUCCCCAUGGUUCCUAGAGGCCUUUGUGUGUGUGUCUGUCUGUGUGUGUGUGUGUGUGUGGCAGUGAAGUGUUAAUGGUGUUUUGAGGAAGUGUCAACACACGAGGCCUCACAGGGAACAAACACACAAACUGUCAGUGAUGUGAUUCGCUGUCUACAGUAUUUAUCUGGAGUGACGUCUUAGUGACCUCAUCAUUAGCCUGAUGACGUCAUCAGUCGUGACACACGAGGGAAACAGACUCUGUUUACUUCAUGUUAGUGAAUGUACGUAUUUGUACUUUGGCAUCUUGUGCCACCUACUGGCGAGUAGAGGCAACUGCAUCUCUUGUAUAACUUCAUAUGAGAGAUGAAAUGGAUUAUUUUUCAUUUUUCUUUGAGUGAAGAGUUUAUCAGAGAAACGAACUUUGUGUCGUGAGUCAAGUUGAAGUUGUUGUUUCAGAUUCUGAGGUCAGAGAGGAGCCGGAUGAUCUGAUGGUUUGAUUUCUGUCUCCUUCAGAUCAGAUCCAGAGUCUGUUCUCAUUGUCACAGCAGCUGAGCCAGUUUGUGACCAACGGGUUUGUUCUCUCUGUGGUUUGUGGAUUUUAAUUUUAGAUGUUAAAACUAAAUGAUCCAUGAAAGGAAGAGAAAGUUCCUUGUUUGGAUUCAAGUGUAGUUUGGAGUUUGACCUCAGUGAGAAUCUGUUUGUUGUUUUUCUUUUGUCUUCGUGAUGUUUGACGAACGUCCAGAAGUUCGUAUCUUGUGAUGAACUCUGAAUCUUCUUCUUCUUCUGCAUCGUUUCAUUUUCCUUCUUUCUGUGAAAUAUUCCAAUCUACUGUGACCGAUUCCACUUUCCAGCAAAGUUCGGCUUCAGUUUGUCGUUGGGCCGGUUGUUGAUGAGCUGAUCGGACAGGAAGUGAUCCGACUGUUGAGAGUUUGAAACCCGACGACUGUUGAAUCCACUCACACGUUUAACAAAAGUUUCUGAGCCGCGACAUCGUCAAACUUUGACUUUGUCCCUUUUCCUGUGUCCGUGCUGUUUGAUCACAGGCUGCGGAGACAAGUGGACAUUUAUCUUGUUGAUAUCGUGUCCAUAACGUGACCGUAUCUGUUUGUUUGGGUUCAACAUGGUGACAUGUGAAGUAGUAACUUGGUAUUUAAGCUGAUUUGUGUUCUUGAUUUAAGACGAGAAGCUUUUUAAAAGACGUAAUCGUUUAGUUCAGCUCAGAUCUGACUUCAGUUUCCUCCUCUUUUAAAAGAGAAACAUUAAAAAUGUGAAGAAUUCCAAAGUUUAAAAACACAGGCGCAGGGCUCCACAUGUGGCUGCAGGGGGCGCUGUUGCAGAGUGUUGCUUUAAAACAUGAAACAACCAAAUAUAAAGUUUAUUUAUAGAGAGAAUGAAACGUCUCGAAUAUACAGAAGCACAUUUCUGCCAUGAAUAUAAACAAGAAGGGAAGUUAGUCAUGAUUAAAAAAUAAAGAUUCUCAUAUAAUGUCUCAUUGUAUUAAAUUAGGAAGUAAACUGUUUUAACUUGAGCUGCAGAGUUUUAACUUGUUUUUAUCAUGACUGACUUAUCAUCUUGUCCAUCAGGCAGAAAACAGCUUCAAUACAAAGACUUAUGAAAACCAGACUUCAUAGAGAAUCAAUAUCUAUCAAUCAAUGUGUUGUUCUGAGCAGGACGUGUUUCUGCCCUGAACUUUAGAUGUGAAGAGUUUAAAUGUUACAGAAGCUGUAAUAUAUGAAAUGAUCGAUGUGUAGUAACACGUUUCUCUGGCUCCUCCUCCUCGUCUCUGACUCCAGAGCCUGAAUGUGAUUGACAGGAGAGAGGCUGAAUGUACCUGUUCUGAAUCGCUGGUUAAAACAGAAGCUCCAUCUCUUUCUGUUUAAUACAGAAGCUGCCUGAGUUCAAUUUGAGUCUCAAAGUCCGAGCACAGGAAAUAGAUGAUUGUUCCUAGUUUAAAUUAUCAACUGGAGAUGAAAUUAUAAUGUAUAAUUAUAAAAAUGUGUCUGAAAGUUGAAUCUGUGCUCAGGAUCAAAUCAAACUCCAGCAGCUCGGUGGUUCGAUUCCUGAAAUCCUCUCUCUCUCUCUGUGGACUGUACGUUUCUGUGUAAAUACUGAAUGUGAAUCUGCUGUGGUGUGGAACCAGUGUAAAGCACAGUCGGAGACUCUGAUCACAGAAAAAGGUUUAUUUAAAAAUAAAGUUAUAUCCCUCUUUACUCA